AUUAGUGAUAGACAUAAUAUUCAUUGUUAAAUAAUUAUAAUACAAAAAUGGAGUUGAUUUGUGCUUUGCAACAAUAUUCCUGGGGUGUUAAGGGAAAACUUUCCAGUGUGGCUCAGCUUGCUCAAGCCUCACAGGUUGAUGUUGCUAUUGAUGACUCCACACCAUAUGCUGAACUUUGGAUGGGUACACAUCCUAAUGGACCUUCCUUAAUAAAAGGCACCAAGCGACUGCUUUCUUCAUACAUCCAAGAGAAUCCAGAGUGUUUGGGCAAAAUUGUGACUUCAAAGUUUGGUCCCAAUUUACCGUUCCUUUUCAAGGUGCUCAGUGUGAACCAAGCUCUCUCAAUACAAGCACAUCCAAAUAAGAGUCAUGCUGAGGAGCUUCAUGCUAGCCGUCCAGAUGUGUACAAAGACCCGAACCACAAGCCUGAGAUGACCAUUGCCUUGACUCCUUUUCUUGCUCUCUGUGGCUUCAGGCCUCAACAAGAAAUAGUUCAGUUUUUCCAAGAUAUUCCUGAGCUGGUGAGUGUAGUUGGCCGGGCAGCUGCUGAGGAGUUCUCUACUGCACCAUCAGCCUCUACCCUGCAGGCCUGCUUCUCUGGCCUCAUGCGAGCCUCAAAAGACGUGGUGGAGGAAGCUCUUGUAGGGCUGGAAAAGAGACUGCUAGCCAUGGGCACUGAAGAUGCCGAUCGUCUACAUGCCUCCACGUUCCUAAAAACACUGAGCCAGUAUCCAGGGGACGGUGGCUGCUUUGCACUCUACCUUCUGAACCUUAUUGAACUACAGCCCGGGCAAGCCAUGUUCCUUGGUCCCAAUGUCAUCCAUGCCUACUUGCAUGGCGACUGCGUGGAGUGCAUGGCGUGUUCAGACAACGUGGUGCGAGCUGGUCUCACUCCCAAGUACCAGGACGUGGACACUUUGAUUGCUAUGCUCGAGUACCAAAUGUCUGAUGCUCACUCCAGGAUUUUCAAGCCCACCAAGCUUGAUGCUUCGUGCGAGCUUUUCAACCCUCCUGUGCCAGACUUUGCUGUUGAAGCCAUCAAGGUAGCCAGCGGGAAGUGCUACAGCGUGCGGUCGGUAGACUCGUGCAGUCUGCUGCUGGUGGUGCAGGGCGCUGCCUCCGUCACGGCGAGCUCUCCUGCCAUGCCUGCCCCUCCAGCUUCUGUGGUGCGCGGAUCAGUGCUGUUCCUCCCUGCCAACUACUCCAUCACCGUCGAGCCGUCACAAGAUCUGGUGGCCUUCAGGGCGCUCUGCGAGCCGUGAACGAAUGGAUCAUCUAGUGCUGUGCGUGAUCUAGAAUCACUACACUAUGUGCAUAUUUAAACUUCAGUAUGACAAGAAUCAGUUUCAUCAUCGUGCAAGAACUUGCAGAAAAGCUUCUACAAUGAUGAGGACUAAUCAACAAGUGGUAUAUGUUCCUAAAAAGUAUUUUUUUUAUCAGGACUUGUAUCUGUGCAAAUGAAGUUACUAAGCAAUCCAUUCGAUUCUUCUGCUAUUGAAAUUGUUAGACUUUAGUGUAUCGAUCGUUCAUUGAACCAAAGAUUUAUUAUUUCUUUAAAUAAGGUCAUGAAUUAGGAAGAUGUUGAUUGUUUAUCCACGAUUUCUUUACUAGUUUUACACUUACAAUAUAUCAGUUUGAUUUAAUGAUUUUUCACUGUUAAAUUACAAUAUUUAAGUUAGUAAUAAUUCCAAUUUGAUUUACCGAGAUUAUGAAUUUCAAAGGGAUCAAAGCAGGUUAAAACGAUGCUGUUAAAGCUUUCUUCAGUUGUUACCCAAGUAUUUGUUAAAGAAGUAUCAUGUUUCUUUAGUUGUUACCCAAGUAUCAUGAAUUGUUUGAACGCUUUCAUAAGUUUACACUGGAUCUUGUUUUCUGUUGUUACUGCUGUGCUCCUGUCAGCCGUCCGUUGUUCAAACUGCAGGCAUGCGAUGUGUUUCUAAUAGUUUCCGCACCAGAAAUAUGAAGUGACUUCUGUUACUGGAGCAUACUAGUUCAUAAAUCUUUUAAAUGAACAAUAAAUAACGUAGCUUUAUAUAGGAUAUAAUCUCGAAAAGACUACUACCUAAUUUUAAAUCGACAGCGAAAGGAUUAAAAGAAAUAUUUGUAAUA